AUGUUCAACAGCUCGAGUGUACCACAAUUUUUGCAUAUAGGCACCAAUGAUAUCGUCCAGCUGCUUGCGGACGAUUGGUCGUCUCCACCCGGCGGGGAGAAGAGGUGGAGAACCGGGGGAGACAUGUCUCCCCACCUGUCUCCCCCACUUCUCCCCGGGGGAAGGAGAACCGUCACUCUCCACCCCCUCUCCCCCACCGGAGGAGAAUUCUUCCCACUUUUCUCCCCCACUCAAAAAGGGGAGACUUUCUCCCCCACGAAGUUCAGGAGGGGAGACCUUUCUCCCCCCCUUAUGUGGGGAGAAUUCUCCACCACCGGGCUCCGACCGGGGGAGAAUGUGUUCUCCGCCCCCUUGGGGGAGAUAAGGAGGGGAGAAGGGGGGGGAGAAGACUAA